ACUGCUCAAAUAAAUAGAGGAAAAGUCACUGUGGAGUAGGCUGCAAAAUUAAGUUCAAAAUAAUAACAGAAAUAACAGAAUCCCAGUUAAAGUUCCAGUAUUCAACAACACAACUGAUGAUUGGUCACUGAACACACAGGUGGAGCGCAGCAGAGCGAGUCUAUCACGAACGAGCGAGUAGAGCUAACGAGAGCCAACGAGUGCUUUCACGUGAUGUAACGAGACAAAUCGACAGCGAGAAAUGUCUGAGAAACGCAAGAUUGAAGAUAUCGUGUGGAGCAUCAAGAACGGGGCCCACGAUGAGGUGGAGUCUCUAUUCGUGAACAACUACUACGACGUGAAUGCCCGAUUGGGCAUGCGUUAUCCCAUUCACUAUGCCGCCGACUUUGGCCACCUGAAGCUGUUGCAGUUCUUCGUUCGCAUGGGGGCCGAUGUGGACCUGAAGGACAAAUACGGCAUCACACCGCUGCUGGCCGCCAUCUGGGAGGGGCACACCAGCUGCGUGGAGUGCCUGCUCAAGAUGGGCGCCAAUCGGACCGUGCUGACGCCCAAUGGCGAGACCUACAUGCAGGUCGCCGAGAACGAAGAGAUCAAGCAGUUGCUGCUCCACACGAAAGAGGAUCCAAAGCCGUAACGCUCGACACAGCGCUACACCAAAACCAAGGAGAAGAACUGUUCCCCAUCACAACACAAACACUCUUCGAUGUUUGUGUAGUUUGACCAUUUCUGAAAAUUAAUUGUGAAUAAUAUUUCGAAAACUUUUA